CUUGUAUUGCAUUUUUAUGUUGCUUCUUUGGUAUCUCCUCAUCUUAUCUCCUCAAAGUCUUAGCAAAAGAAAGGGAUUGUCAUUUGUGGGCUGUUUUUUCCUCUUCUUGAAACAAGAAUUAAAACUAACAUGGGGCUUUCGAGUUUUCCUAGUGCAGCUGAAGGAGUGUUACCAGUACUGGUAAUGAACACAGUUUUAUCAGUUGCUUUGUUCAAGAACUGGGUCAGGGCUUUGCUUCAAGUAGUGAUGGGUGCUAAUUAUUGGGUUCCACAAUAUUAUUAUGAGCAAGACCGCCCAGAUGUGUUUUCCCAAGAUAAUGCAAGAAGGGAGAGAAGAAUAUCAAUAACCCAGUUCAAGUCCAUGGGUGCUGCUAUUGGUACCAGUAGGAGUAGCAGUAGUACAGUGGAAUGUUGUGUAUGUUUAUGUGGGUUUGAAGAGGAUGAGGAGGUGAGCGAGCUGUCCUGCAAGCAUUUUUUCCAUAAAGGGUGCCUGGACAAGUGGUUUGAUAAUAAACAUAGUACUUGUCCUCUUUGUCGAUCUAUUCUUUAGAAUCUGGAUUAAUUGAUGCAGAAAAAUUUUUUGUCCUAAAAAUGGAUGUGUUUUUAGGUUUUUUUGGAGAAGAAUAAUCAAGUUUCUUCCCUGCACAUUUUUGUUUUGAUUUGCUUUUCCUCUCUCUUUGUUUUUUGGGUGUUUGAUGUUUGAGCAAAACAAAUUAGUGAAAAGGUUAUUGCGGAAUGACAAUCUUUCUUUUCUUAGUUGUGUGGCCUUGCUGCUGCCUACAUUUGUAUACAAGUGCCUGUGAGCAGUGUAUGUAUACAGUGACAGAGAACAUUUUGAAAAAAUAAAAGAAGAUGUAGGGAAAUAAUAUAACAUUUUAACA